UUAAAUUCGAAGCAGUUGCCACCAUUUCUAUUGCGCUGUUGUUGCAUUGUCUUCCCUGAGCACAAUACAUUACUUUUACAAUUGAUAUCGACACACAGUGUGAGAUUUGGUGACCAUCGUGAUUGCAGCUUUUUCCGACAAAAUGUUCCACCAACGAGUCCCGACGCCCACCGUGACCACCGUUAUGGUGUCGCCCAAGAUCUUCAAGUUCUCGCCGGAAUCGCUGGCCGCCGUGGACGUGUCGUUCGAGUCGUACAAGCAGCAGUCGAAACCGCGCAAGCGCAGCUUCUCGCCGAUCGUCCACGAGCAGAAAAUGCGAUCGCCCAACAUCUCCCCGAUCGAAAUCAGCAGCAAGACCAAGACGACGACGACGACGUCGAUCCGGAUGACGCCCCGGCAUGUCAACACGCCACGGCCAAAGGACUUUAAGCGGCCCAUCGUGCCGAAGGUGCUGAUCGACACCAGUAAGCUAUCAACCGGCAUGAUGACGGCCAAGGAGCAGCGGAACCGCAGCAUCAUCCUGGGUACGCCCCUGGCCAAGCGGCAGCUCGAACAUCGCAUCACGGUGGCCAACAUCUUGCGCGAUCUGGACCUGGCCCGGUACAUCGACGUGAUGGUGCGCGAGGAGAUCGACCUGGUGGUGUUCCUGACGCUGUCCGAGGACGACCUGCACACGAUCGGAAUCGACUGCCAGCGGGACAUUGAGCUGAUUCUGGGCAAGGUGGCCGAGCUGAACAGCUGUCUGUGAAGGCGGUUUUUACUUUUUUGAAAAUUAGUGUUAAAUGUUUUCAUUUUUUAUACUUACGUACGAAGAUUGUGAUGCUUGAACUUCUUAUUUGAUGUGUUGUGUUGUAAUUAGGUAUUAGAUUUAUGAAAAUCAUUCAAUGUUUUCCGUCUUAGUAGUGCUAAAUAAUUUAACAAAUACAAUAUGAUUCGACUGAUAA